AAAGUUAAUAUAGGUGUCAGUUUGAGACACCGAUCAGUUUAGGACGCCGUGUCUUUACACCGACCAGAGAUCCUAUUUUGCUGCGUCUAUUCAGAAAUAUCCGUAUAACAGACUAUGCUAGAGCCGUGGGGAGAUAUUUUGCUAUUUGCAUAUUAACUGAAUUUGUUUUUCCAGGUAGCCCUACGUUACGUUAACGUUAUUUUGCCGUUUUCCCAACAACCGUUCAACUUUGGCCACGCAAAUCAACUAGAUUCACAACUACUGAAACGAUUCUGUCACACAAGGAGGUCAUUCAUUUUUACUGUUGUUUGGUGUUAAAAUAGCAUCAAAUUUGCUACAGCCAUCAAGCAGAUUGGUAACCCGCUUGCUGCCAUCUCCCUUUUUUCCCUUUUUUUUAAAAAAAAAAAUUACUCUGCGAUACAGAUCACAACCUGUAACACUCAUGUUAUUACUUUGUCGAUUGAUGUAAAGAGAAAAAAUAAAUAAAUGCGAAAAAUAUACGGACAAACAGUUAGAUGGGCGGCAGUGGGAUCUGACUGUGGUAAUGAUUAAAGCCUGACAACGGUAGCUGCGUGUGACUGACUAAAAGUGGAGUUGGGAGAUUGACAGGCACAAAAAAAGCACUCAUGGAUAUUCCGUUUUCACCAAUGACCCCUUCAGAUUUCAAAUCAUGCCAUCUAAAACUGCAAAGAGCUCAACUGCCUCCGCCAAGCCAAAAGGGAAAGGGUCGCAGCCUCGGGAUGACUCCGAAGACGAGCUGGAUGUACCCCCUAAAGAAACCAACUCCAAUGGCCAAGAGGAGGCACCGCCGACAACUGAUCCGUCUCACGGGGAAGCUGCCGAGGCGGUUGAUAAUCGAAGUUGGAGGAGAUCCUCGGUAGCACCCCCCCCACCCCCGCCCCCACCAAUGACCAAUGAACCGGGCGCUCCUCGCCUCAUGAUAACACAUUUAGUUAAUCGCAACUUUAAAUCUUACGCUGGCGAGGAGAUUCUGGGGCCUUUUCACAAGCGCUUUUCGUGCAUCAUUGGGCCAAAUGGGAGUGGAAAGUCCAAUGUGAUAGAUUCGAUGCUCUUUGUGUUUGGAUACAGAGCUCAAAAGAUCAGAUCGAAAAAGCUUUCAGUGCUGAUUCACAGCUCUGAUAAACACAAGGAUGUGCAAAGCUGUACUGUGGAGGUGCAUUUUCAAAAGAUUAUUGAUAAGGAAGGAGAUGACUACGAAGUCAUCCCCAACAGCAAGUUCUAUGUUUCCAGGACUGCCAACAAAGACAAUUCCUCAGCCUACCAUAUAAAUGGCAAGAAAGCCACAUUCAAAGAGGUCGGUGCUUUACUCCGAAGCCAUGGUAUUGACCUAGACCACAACAGAUUUCUGAUUCUACAGGGCGAGGUGGAGCAGAUCGCCAUGAUGAAGCCUAAAGGUCAGACGGAGCAUGACGAGGGUAUGCUGGAGUACCUGGAGGACAUCAUUGGCUCCUGCCGCCUCAAGGAGCCCAUCCUUACGCUGGCCCGCCGCAUUGAGCUUCUCAAUGAGCAGAGGGGAGAGAAGCUAAACCGAGUGAAGCUAGUGGAAAAGGAGAAGAAUGCUUUGGAGGGAGAAAAGAACAAAGCCGUGGAGUUCCUCACCCUGGAGAAUGACAUCUUCAAACACAAGAGCCAGCUCUGCCAGUAUUAUGUUCACGAUUUGCAGAAGCGUGUGGUGGAUAAAGAUCAAGAGAAGCAGAAGAUCAUGGAGGACACCAAGGAACUCACUGAGAAAAAUGCAAAAAUAUCACAGGAGAUGGAGAAAAUGAACCAAGAGCUCAAAAAUGUGGAGAAGAAGCAAAAUAAAAUCAACAAGUACAUUGAGACCCAGAAGGAGAAGUUCACCCAGCUGGACCUGCAGGACGUUGAAGUGCGUGAGAAGAUUAAACACUCCAAGAGCAAGAACAAGAAACUGCAGAAGCAGCUGGAAAAGGACACAGAAAAGCUGGAGGAAGUUCGCGGUGUACCAGCCAGCAGUGAAAAGGCCAUCUCUGAGGCAACAGCUCGCAAGGAAGAGCUGGAGAAGCAGAAGGUGAAAGAGGAGAAAAAACUUGAGGAGGUGAUGGAGAGUCUGAAGGAAGAGACCAGCGGCUUGCAACAGGACAAAGAGACCAAAGAGAAAGAGCUGAUGGAGCUCAGCAAGGCUGUAAAUGAGACCCGCUCUCGUAUGGACCUGGCUCAGUCAGAGCUUGACCUCUACCUUAGCCGUCACAACACAGCUCUGACACAGCUCAACACGGCCAAGCAGACACUUCAGACAACCUCCGACACACUGCGUGAGCGCCGUGCUGCCAUCAAAGAUCUGGAAGUCAAGAUACCCCAGAAAGAACAGGAGCUCAAAAAGGACGAGGGAGCACUGGAGCAGCUGAUAAAGAUGGAUAAUGAGACAAGGGAAGUGGUGAGGGAAAUGAGACAGAAGGUGGAUGAAGCCAAGAGCUCUCUGUCCUCCAACCGCAGUCGCGGAAGAGUCCUGGAUGCCCUCAUGCAGCAGAAGAAGAGCGGCAGAAUCCCUGGCAUCUUUGGAAGAUUGGGAGACCUUGGAGCCAUAGAUGAGAAAUACGAUGUGGCCAUUUCCUCUAGUUGUGGCGCUUUGGACAACAUCGUCGUGGAUACCAUCGACACAGCGCAGAAAUGUGUCAUGUUCCUUAAAGAGCAGAACAUUGGUUUUGCCACCUUCAUCGGCCUUGACAAGAUGAAGGUGUGGGAGAGGAACAUGGCUCCUAUUCACACCCCAGAGGACAGCCCUCGUCUCUUUGACAUGGUGCGCGUGAAGGACGAGAAGGUGCGGCCAGCUUUUUACUUUGCCCUGAGAGACACCCUGGUGGCCCAGGACAUGGAGCAGGCCACGAGGAUGGCCUUCCAGAAGGACAAGCGCUGGAGAGUGGUCACCCUGAAGGGACAGAUCAUUGAGAUGGCGGGAACCAUGACUGGAGGAGGAAGAGUACUGAAGGGCAGGAUGGGCUCCUCUAUUGGGACUGAGGUCUCCCAGGAGGAGCUUGACCUUAUGGAGAGCAAGCUGAAUGAGAAAGUGUCGAAGCUGCAGAGCUGCCAAGACAAAAAGCUGCAGCUAGAGGAGAACAUUCAGCGCCUGCAGCCACAGCUCAGAGAUAUGAAGAACACCCUGGAAAAAUACGCCAACAGCAUGACUAGUCUAGCUGAUCAGGAGACUCACUUGAAACUUCAGAUCAAGGAACUUGAGGCCAACGUGCUGGCUGCUGCCCCAGACAAGGCCAAACAGAAACAGAUGGAGAAGAGCCUGGACGCUUUCAAGAAAGACUAUGAAGCAGCAUCCAGCAAGGCUGGGAAGGUGGAAAAUGAGGUGAAAAGGCUCCACAACCUCAUUGUAGACAUCAAUAGCCACAAGCUGAAGGCUCAGCAGGACAAGCUCGACAAGGUCAACAAGGAGCUGGACGACUGCUCCUCCACCAUAACCAAGGCCAAAGUGGCCAUAAAGACAGCUGACCGCAACCUGAAGAAGUGUGAAGAGAGUGUGAGUCGUGUGCAGGCUGAGCUGGAAGAGAAUGAGAAGUCGAUGGCCGAGCUCACAGAACAACUGAAGAAACUGGAGGAUGAGGCCGGGGAGGUCAUGAAGGCCUGUCAAGAGGCUGAGGCCGCACUUCCUGAGGUGCAGGAGCAGUAUCAGGGGGUGCUGAAGGAGAUAAAGGUUCUGCAGCAGCAGGAGCACGCUAUGCAGGAGGAGUCCCUCAGUGUACGGCUGCGCAUUGAACAGAUCGAGACCACCAUCACCGAACACAACAACAAGAUCAAACACUGGCAGAAAGAGGCCACCAAGCUGUCCCUUCAUACCAUUGAGGGUCAGCCAGCAGAGGAACUCCCCGUACUGACUUCUGCAGAACUUGAAGAAAUCUCCAAUCCCAACGUCAUUAUCAACAAGAUGAUCACGUUAGAGACCAAAUGUAGUCAGAUGAAGCCCAACCUUGGCGCCAUUGCUGAGUACAAGAAGAAGGAGGAGAUGUACCUGCAGCGCGUGGCUCAGCUGGACGAGAUCACUACGGAGAGAGACCAAUUCAAACGUGGCUACGAGGACCUGCGCAAACAGCGCCUCAACGAGUUCAUGACCGGAUUCAACAUGAUCACGAACAAGCUGAAGGAAAACUACCAGAUGCUCACACUGGGUGGCGACGCAGAGUUGGAGCUGGUGGACAGUUUAGACCCUUUCUCUGAGGGAAUCAUGUUCAGUGUGCGUCCUCCAAAGAAAAGCUGGAAAAAGAUCUUUAACCUAUCAGGUGGAGAGAAGACCCUCAGCUCCUUGGCUCUGGUGUUUGCUCUGCACCACUACAAACCCACACCGCUCUACUUCAUGGAUGAGAUAGACGCUGCUCUGGAUUUCAAGAACGUCUCCAUUGUGGCCUGUUACAUUUACGAACAAACAAAGAACGCUCAGUUCAUCAUCAUCUCUCUGAGGAACAACAUGUUCGAGAUCGCCGAUCGUCUCAUCGGCAUCUACAAAACUCACAACACCACCAAAAGCGUGGGAAUCAACCCCAAAACAAUCGUGUUUAGAGAGCAUGACGCUGUCACAGCUUAAACCUGAAGAAGCUCUGCUAACCGUAGAGGGCUGUCUUUGCUGUUUUACUGUCUUUAUCACAACAUGUAAAUAUGUUCUUUUCAUUUCGUCCUUCGCAAUGAAACGCUGCUACUCUUUAUCAUUCUUUUUACUUUUUACUAUCUGAACCAAUAAAUGUUUUCUGACAAAAA